AUGGGGACUAUACGAACUCACGCUUCGACGGACCAUGGGCGGAAGAGACCAGAACUUGGCUCUCUCCAAGCUACACGGCCGAUGCCACCAGGAUCAAGAUUCACUCUUGACGAGACCGACGAAGAGGUCAUAAACCAUAGUGUGUCCACAGCCAUCGAUAGUCGCUAUCAAAGCAAGCAGUUAGUCGUGCUGGUUCGAAUGAUCUGUCGGUGCUUUGCUACGCUUGCGUCGAAUGCGCCGCCGGACUCGGCCCUAUCACUUGGUGGUGAAACGCUUCUCGACGACGAUGAUCCUCGAGUCACUGGUGUGAAGCCCAAUCGCAUUGAUGACGAAGACAAAGCUCGCGAGACGUUCGAAGAAUCGGAUUCAAAGCCGGUUACUCAUAGUGUACUUUCCUAUCAGCUAUCCCAGACGGCAGAAGUUUAUCCUGCGCUAGCCAAGGCUCUCAUGACUUACGGUGCUCCCAGCCAUCGCAUCGAGUCCCAACUAAUCGCAGCAGCCCGAGUACUCGAGGUGGACGCUUCUUUUGUCCACUUACCGUCGAUCAUAAUAGCCGCUUUCGGAGACCCCGCAUCCAACCAAUCGGAGACGCAUUUCGUUAAAUCGGGCGGGGGGCUCGACCUAGGAAAACUUCACGCAACGCAUGCCAUCUACCGCAAGGUCGUUCACGAUGAGAUUGGUGCAAAGGACGGGUCGCUUGAACUGACAAAGCUAAUGCGCCAAAAGCCUAUAUAUGGUCUUCGAAUUCGUUGCGUGCUUGCGCUACUUUGCAGUGCUAUUAUAUGCCCAUUGGAUUCGGUGCUUUAUGCCGCGAGUAAAAGUGCGUUAUACUCAAACGUUUUUGAGAUAUCCGCAGCAAUGAUGGUCUCUUUUGUUGCCCGUGGGCUCUCGAGUAUUCCCUCUGGGAUUUUUUGUUACUCGGCGAUAUCUUCGGCCGGCGUCGUCCUCAUUUUGCCUGGGUACAUGGUUUUGUGCAGCUCACUGGAGCUGGCGUCCAAAAACCUCAUAUCAGGAAGCGUCAAAAUGGUGUAUGCCAUCGUAUACAGUCUGUUUUUGGGAUUCAGCCUCACAAUCGGCAGCGACCUUUAUUUUCUCGUGGAUAAAAGUGCUCGGCAUCGACGUGAAGAAGCAACGGCUAUUAUGGCCAGUCAAGUAACCAUCCAUGGACAGUUUAAAUCCGACAAUAUGACGGUUUUUCCGUUUAACGGCACUUUUAUUUUCAAGAACAUAACGGGAUAUCCGUCAAGUAGCCAUUAUCAGGCCAAGGGAUGCUACAGGGAUCCAAACUGGCCUUGGUACCUCCACGAAUUCCCAGCUUGGACGUUGUUUAUUCUCGUCCCACUUUUUAGCCUAUUUGGUAGUUUUGCCAGUAUGCAGCCACUGAGGAGUAUGCAGUUGCCCGUCAUGGUCUUCAUCAGCUGUGCAGCCUUUGCUGCCAACAAGGUAAUCCUAGAGGGUGCUUUUCGAUCAUAUCAGUAUGUCUUACCCAUUGAUGUAGGCUGCCAAUCGGUACAUUUUCAACCGGAGCGACGUUGUGAGUGCCAUCGGUGCUUUUGUUGUGGGGGUAUUGGGAAAUUUGUAUUCUCGUGUUUCCGCGGGACGGCGUUCGUGGUUAUGGUGAAUGGUAUUGGAUUCUUGAUCCCUUCUGGAAUCGCUGCUGCUGGCGGACUAGCACAGAACUAUCGAGGAUCGGAAGGAGACCAAUAUAGCAGUGGUCUAUCACUUGGUUUUCGCAUGGUUCAAGUCGCGAUUGGAGUGACUGUCGGACUGUUUGGAAGUGGGUUGAUAGUUUACUCGUUUGGUUCCCGCAAACGUGGGGCGUUGUUUGCCUUUUGA